UCGUAUUGCUUAUGAAAUAUUUUCAUUUUGUCUACUGUGAAUAUCUGAAUGAGUUUUACAGCAAACGCAAGAAAGAUUUUUGACAUCCUUGAAACAUGGCAACGAUAGUCAAAGAAGUGCAGGAGGCGUUUGAUUUGUUUGAUAAAAACAAAGAUGGUACAAUAUCAGUGAGCGAGUUGAGGGAAGCGAUGAAACUUGCUGGACACGAUGUUUCAGAAGAAGUGGUUAAAAGCUUAUUAUCAACUCACGACAAAGAUGAAAAUGGCGUUUUAACAAUCGAUGAGUUUGGAACGUUUUUAAAGAGCGAUAAUUCUGUAAACUAUAAAGAAGUGCGAGAAGCGUUUGAUUCAUUUGACGAGAAUGGAGAUGGGUAUAUUUCAAGGAAUGAAUUGGUAUUAGCCAUGAAGAAGGUCGGAGAAAAUCUUAGCGAAGUUGAAAUCGAUUCUAUGAUACGAAAUGCAGACAUAAAUAAGGAUGGCAAAGUUAGUUUUGAAGAAUUUAAGAGAAUGAUGACACCAAAAUAACAUGAUUCACCAACUUAUCAAAAACUGUUCAUUCGAUUUAAGAAGUAGCGAUUUUGUAAUUUGUUAUUAAACUCAUAAAUGAAGUUUCGUUUUUUGCUUCUAUAA